AUGGAAGGGGUCAGCAACAGCUCCUCAGAGGGCUUCGUUCUGAUGGGCGUAUCUGACCAUCCCCAGCUGGAAAUGAUCUUUUUUGUAGUCAUCCUCUUCUCUUACUUGCUGACCCUACUUGGGAACUCAACCAUCAUUCUGCUUUCCUGCCUAGAUGCACGGCUCCACACACCCAUGUACUUUUUCCUCAGCAAUCUCUCCUCCUUGGCAAGCUCAGUCCCCCAAAUGCUGCUCAAUUUAUGGGGACCAGACAAGACCAUCAGCUAUGGUGGCUGUGUGACCCAAUUGUACGCUUUCUUUUGGCUGGGGGCCACUGAGUGCGUCCUGCUCGUGGUGAUGGCGUUUGACCGCUAUGUGGCAGUCUGCCAGCCCCUGCAGUACACCACCAUCAUGAAUCCUCGGAUCUGCUGGUUGCUGGCUGCGAUGGCCUGGUUGGGCGGCUUGGGCAACUCUGUGAUCCAGUCAACAUUCACUCUGCAGCUCCCACUGUGUGGGCACCGGAAGGUGGACAGCUUCCUCUGUGAGGUGCCAGCCAUGAUCAAAUUGGCUUGUGGGGACACGAGUCUCAAUGAGGCUGUGCUCAAUGGUGUCUGCACCUUCUUCACUGCAGCCCCACUAAGCAUCAUCCUGAUCUCCUACUGCUACAUCGCUCGGGCAGUGGUGAAGAUUCGCUCCUCAGGGGGGCAGCCAAAGGCCUUUAAUACGUGCCUCUCCCAUCUAGUGGUGGUGUUCCUCUUCUAUAGCUCAGCUAGCUAUGGGUAUCUGCUUCCAGCUAAGAACAGCAACCAAGACCAGGGCAAAUUCAUUUCCCUAUUUUACUCUGUGGUCACACCCAUGGUGAAUCCUCUCAUCUACACACUGAGGAACAAGGAAGUGAAGGGGGCACUGAGACGGCAGCAGGGGAAAGGAAGAGAAGCUGGCUGA